CCCACCUGCGGGGUCAGAGGCUGGGAACAGGGCUCUGCUGUGCGUUUGCCUGGUGCCGCGGCGCCCCCAGGACGCCCACCCGAGACCCUGCCUGCGCAGGUGACUGGGACACUGCCUGGGACUCCGCCUCUUCCUGCUCCCCAGCUCACCGCUGCUUUCCCGGGGACCUUCCCUCUGCGGGCUGGUGGCAUCUCCGGGGAGGGAACCGGUGAACCUGCGGAGGGGUCUCUGCAUGGUUCUGGAAGCGCCGCCAGCAGCCGCAUCCUCGCCAAAGCCCCCUGUGGUGACCAACACCACAUUGGGACCCCACCAUCUAAGUUCUCCUGCGAGUUUGAAGUGGUCUUCAACCCUCUGCGCACGGCAGCUCUCUGCCGGCGUCCCCGCCGCGGCCCCAGCUCCCCGGGCCUCCCUGCCCCCGCCCCGUCCUGGGCCUGCUGCUGCGGCUGCUGCUGCUGUGAGGACCACAGCCGCUGGACAGCGCCGGCCUCCCGAGUGAUAGCUAAUUGGGCAGAGAAAGGGCCCGAUUGUCUCGCGGGGCCGGAAGCGCGGGCGUGGGCGGCUGAAAGAGCCGGAGAAGGUGGCCAGCUUCGCCCAGCAGCUGCCGCCGGAGACGUUUGCAGAUUACGUCAGCGCCGGCGCGCAGGGGGAGCAGGCAGAGGGGGGCCAGCAGCCGCCCGCCCUGGGCCUCCCCACAAUGCGGCCAUUGUCGGCCCGGAGAGCGGUUCAUUCUGGAUGAAUGGCGCACGGGCCUCUUGACCAAGGCGGCCGCUAGCCGUCCCCGAUCUGUCCUCUCGCCUGCCGGGGAGGCCCUGGACUGGAGCCUGGAGGGGCUGCAGGGAGGACAGGGCCAUUCCUGAGGGUGGGCGUGGGCCUCGGGGCCGCCAGCUGUCCUGAGCACCCAGCCCAGGCCCCUGGCCGCACUGUGGGCACUUGGUACAGCCUGGCCUGGAACCCAGGGCCCCCCUGCGGUCCGGACCACACCACAGCGCUGCUGCACUUCAGGCCGCCCACCCUCGCGUGCGGCAUGGACUCCUGGUUUGGGGGAAGCUCGGGCCCCGACCCCCUCCUGGUCCUGCUGGUCAUCAUCUUGCUAGCACGCUUCCUCCUGUGGUCCUGCCUGGGGACCUACGUUGAUUACAGGCUGGCCCGGCGCCAGCCCUGCAAACCCAAGGAGGACUAGGGCCCCAGCAUUUCACCCCCAGGGCAGAGGGGGGCUAUGCCCCACGCAGACUGGCGAAGGUUGUGCUGGUCACGUUUCGCUUCCCACGUCUGGGGACAGACCGGUCACCACUGCCAGUCUGUUCCCAAGCUCUGGGGCUCCCUGUUGGAGCGAGUGAUCUGGGGGGGUGGGCCUUGCUUUGAGACUUUCUGGGCUUCCAGCCCUUUAUAAAGGGUCUUCCAGGCCUUUAUGUUUGCAGAGG